CGUGACCGUCUUGUGAGCCGGAAGAGGAGGAACUGACGGGAUCCGGGGAGCCGCAAGAAUAGUUCAAAUUUAAAUGAUAUUUUAAUGUGAGCUACAACAAUAAAAUAGCAUUUUAAUGGAGUACAUUAAUGCCAAAUUUGUGUCUCAGAAGAUCAGUAAGACACGAUGGAGACCGGUGUCUUCUGCAUCCCUCCAAAAGCCAGAUAUAUUCGCUACAGGGUCUUGGGAUAACGAGGACAAUAAAGUUUCCAUAUGGUCUGUGGGGGAGCUUAGCGUCACCAGCAUGGAGGAUGAGUUUGAAGGAGAUCCCCAGCUACUGUGUGACUACCGACAUGGCGGUGAUGUCAUGGACCUUCAGUUUCUGGACCAUGAGAGAAUUGUUACAGCUUCAUCAACUGGAGCAGUUACCAUCUUCCGACACCAUCACAACAGCCAGGUAGAUCUGUCUUUCCAAUGCUUUCUUUCAGAGUUUAGACCUCAUUCUGUUUUGUUCUUUCAGUUCAAAACUUUUUUUUUUUGGUUUUGCUGUCUUUCAGACUGUGUUUCUGUUUUACUACUUUUGUUCUCUUCUUUGAGAUUCUCUGGAAAUGUGCAUAUUCCAAAGAACAUAAUAUUGAGUUUGAUUGUAGUAAAGACGUUAUUUCAGAAUGUUAGAAUAGGAUCAUCUGGGAGUCAGGAUGGCGUGCUGUGCAUCUGGGAUGUCAGACAGGGAAGCAUGCCAUUUGCGCUGAUGGAAGCACAUUCUGCUGAAAUGUGGGAGGUCCACUUUCACCCCUCUAACCCGGACCACCUGUUCACGUGCUCUGAGGAUGGCUCUCUGUGGCACUGGGAGAACUCCACAGGCACCGACACCCCCUCCUUCCUGCAAGGUGGGAGGAACACUACCAUCACGUCACGCAGCACAGUUGCCCCUCACAGCAUCAACCAGUCCUUGAUUAGCUCCUGGCUGAGCAGUGACUCUUCCAAGGGCCGUCUGGAGACGACAAACAUGCUUCCUGGCGAGACAAUGUCUGUGAACAGUCUGGACGUGCUGGGGCAGCACCUGGUCUGUGGAACUGAUGGAGAAGCUAUUUAUGUCAGCAGACAUGUGCCAGUAUAACAGAAGGCAGGCUUUGUUCUGUAUUGGGGCCCUCAAUAGCACACACUUCACUAUUGCAUCUGGUACUGGAUGAUUCCACACAGCUGUCUUGAUAGUUAAACAACUGACUAGUCACUCGGGAACCACUUAUAGAGAACAUGCUUCUCAAGGCAUCUUAAACAGUUCUGGUCCUUUUCGGGCUGUAGGGAUUUACAAUUUCAUCCUGUGCUCAUCUCCCUAAUAUAAAGCAGCUGACAAUUUAGUAAGCAUGUCGAGGCCUACUGGAGUUUGCUGUUGAGGGCUGGAAGUGAGGAGCACUGUUCUGUUUAAUCCCUGUCCUGUUUGGAAGCCAGGAAAAAUAGUUCAGUAAUGAAAACUGCAAAGUGAAUAAUUCUUUUUGUAUCACUAUUUUUUUUUAAAUAAAGAAUCUUUGCAAAAAGCUCUUUGCAUACAA